UUGCUCACGUCACACGCUGCGUUGUUAUGGGCUCCUGGAUUUAAAAGUGAGGUCGCAGGGCUUUAUCUCAACCACGACAUGAACUGGGACAAUCAGCUGAGCUCCAUCCUGUCAGUAGCCGAUGGCAGCGUUGCAAAGAUGAGGGAGAGACUGAGGUCACCGGGGAAAUCCUCCAAAGCAGGAGACGGUUUGUACCCACUGAGAGAGAGCGUUCCUGAUUCAGAUUUGGAUCCUCCUGCUCUUCCCCCUCGAGGCCCUCUUCUACGACAGCCUCCCCCGUCUCUGGGCCCUGGCGUGCAGUGGGCAGACCUAGCUGCUGUCCAGUCACAGCUCCAGAUACAGAACCAGGCGAUCGAGUCCCUCACUCAGAAACUCCACGAUGUGUUAAGAGAGAGACAAUCUCAGCAAUGUCACAUUCAGACGCUACAAGAGGAGGUUCACAGGCUGCGUGAGGAGGUGAGGGACAGGGACAUACAGAGGGACGAGUCCCGGAGUCCAGGAGCAGAGAGAAGGAUGGAGCAAUGGAGGAGAGAGGUCGCACGUGAGCUGAGCAGUCUGCGGGGACACAUCAGCCGAGCCACGUCGCUAGGCAACCUGGAGGAGAGCUUCAGCUCGAAUCUCCGCAGAGAAGAGCUGGAACACCUGCGGAGAGAGUUAGACCAAAUGAAAACACGUCUAAGGAGACAGGAGGAGGACAUGUUCCUCCAGCAGGCAGAGGCCAGGGAGACCAAGAGACAGUAUGAACGCAGCUGCAAGUUGCUGGAGGAGCUGACAGGCAGCUACAGAACUCACAGCACAGACCUGACUAAAGCUCUCUCUCAGUAUUCUCACACACAACAAGAGGUCCAUCAGAUCAGAACCACCGUCUCAGAACUGAAGGAUGAGGUCAGGAGCCUUAUUCUCAGAGAACGUCAGUCGGCGCCUUUGCAGUCAGCGCAGACAUCGGGGGCCUCACCAUUACCUCACAGCCACAGCAGAGGGGUCAGAGUUAAAGAGGCCGACUCUGACUUGGAAGACUUUAGCCCGACCCCGAGUCUGGCCGAGGUCAGCUCCGAUGAUCUGUCCUGGCUGGACGACAGAGACCCCGCUCUUCAUCAGAAGCCACGAGUGCGUCUGAGUGUUCAGUCCAGACGGAGUGACUUUGCUGGUCCAGGAUCAGACCUGGAGGAUGAUGAUGAGAACAAUGGAGAUGAUCUUCUGGAUGAUGAUGAUGCGGACCCAGAUUUAGGAUCUGACCUAAGUCUCGAUGACCUCUGACUUUUCACACGAUGAAGUUCUUGGCAGACUUGGGAGAGCGUUUGGCAACAAAAAGACAUUUCUUCUUGUUUAUUACUCCAACACGACACAUUAUCGACACGACACAUCUAAAACAUGAUCCAUACUUUUUGUUUAUUUGUUUGUUGUUUACCAGCACAGCUCAGAAGGACAGCUCUGUUGUGAACGAUAAAGCUUUAAAAUAGUCCAGAUAACACAAACGGCCAUAUGGCUUGUUUCCCCUGUGCUCCCAUGAGAAAUGGAAAAAAAAACAAAGGAUGGCAAACAGCAGACUUGGCAUGGCAACCAAAUCACAUACACAGUAACCAGUAAUUAACUCUUAGCAUCAUUACUGUUGCUUCACGGUCAGACCUGUUGGGAUAUGAAUAGUAUACACAGUUCAUACCUUCACAAUAACUCUUUGUUAUUGUGAAGAGCUCUUAGAGAGGUGUCUAUGAGGGUACCAAAAGUGUUGGCCUCAGGAUGAAUCGAAUAGUGUAUAAUUGUUUCCUUUUUACUUUAAUUGACCUAAAAAUGCUUAUCAUAAUUUAAUCUGUCCUCAUGUGACACAACCCUCCCUUACAACCCCAUCACCUUACCUACUAAUAAUUUACUGAUGCCUGUUUAAAAUGCUACUAGUCAAAGCAGUGUUUUACCUCCGUAUUAUCACACGGCGGCUGUGUGUGUUUCCAUCACACUUGUUCGUCAUAUCUGCUGCUCUUUGGAGCUCUAAGUGAUCUAAAUGUCUCCACAUGUGAGGACUGACGAGAGGCUGUGAGCACAGCGAGGAGGCAGGCAGCUGUUUAAAGAAGUCUUUGUUUGAGCUCCGCUUUCAAAACACAACUCGUUUCAUGAUUGACGGGUUUCGUGGUGGUAAAGGGGUGGGUUUUUGUUUUGUAAGGUGCAUUAUUCCACACAAAGAAUAUAAUAUUUUAAUUGUUGCCACACCCUCCGCUCACAUGUUACGCGCUACUGACAAUAAAUUAUGGGUCCUGCCAGAGUUAAGGACAGAAGCCCUGUGAUUGCUCUGCGAAACCACAAGGUUAAAAAUAGUUACGUACAGAUUUAUUAUGAUUAUAGAUUGUUUUGGUUAGUAAAGUUUUGAUGUGGUUAAAGUUUGGGCAGGACCCAUCUGUCCCCAAAGCUGCAGCAGGAUCCAUAAUAACACACGACUGAUCACUUAGCAGUGCAGAGGUCAGCAAGCUAAGAGCCAACAGUGCUGUAACGGCCUUAAAGCUAGAAUGCAUCGGCAAUGAAAUCUAAUACACUGUAAUACACUUAUUCAGCAGUUAUCUUCUGACUGUUAGGUACCUGUCUCUCUAGUGUGUAUCUGUAAGAAGUGAAUUGGACAGACCAACACAAGAAACCAUGCAGCUUCGUAUAAACUGACAGUUAAGGGCGUUGACUGGAGAGACGUUUCAGUUUCUCUGUUUCGUAUUGAUAAGGUGGGAGCAUUCAUUUUACAGAAUCAAGAUGUGUUGUCGUAGUAGGAACGUUCAAUCAAACUGUCGAAGCGGUUUGCUAACUUACUAUCUAGCUAAUGUGACUUGCACUUGUCUUUCUCUUGGGUGUGGUGAGCUCAAAUAUCUCGGGACUGGCUUCCUCCAACUUUAAGGUGUUACUCUUUAAUUAAUCCAAGUGUAUUAACAAAAACAGAUAAAACCCUCAUGAAAUUUGAGAUAGAAGCGUUUUAACCGCCAGUUAGCAGCAGGUGCACACGCCCAUGGUAAAUUUUCAAGUCAAAAAGUUGCAGUACAUCCUUCACUGUUGGGGAGUAAUGGAUAUUUAAUGGCUUUUGUGUGCUGACAUAAUGCACACUUUCACCAGAAGGAAUCUGACGAGGGAUAGGUUUUGGUUCCCGGUAAUGCAGCUGAGGUGGAGACAAACAGGAAUCAAAAUCCAUUAACGUUUUGUCAAGGCGCCAGUGCCCAUCCACCUCCACUGCAGUGCCCCUCCACUCUUGUGCACACACAGCUCCGUUAAGAAAGUCAAGGGGCCCUUUGUGUUGUCAUGUCUGAUAUGGACCGCACCGUACUGGGCGAGGUGUCUAGCUGUUAAAUAUUUCAGCUUCCAGACACCACCAUCACAGAUCCCAGACCACAGUGCGGAGCCAUCACGAGCUGACAGGCAGGUUGGGUGUUCAGUGGAGUGCAUAUGUGGAAGCUUGGGUAGUAAAAAAUGACCGCAUACUGUCCAGCUCACCAUGACAAAUAGUCUCACAGAUUCUUACCGAGCAAUGAAAUACGUAGAAAACUGUAAAUGAGUAUAACUCCUCUAACGCAAUGUCCUUGUGUAGCUGUUUCUAUUGUGGCUGAAGAGGCAUUUAAUGGAGAAAAGGCUCAUCUAUGUGUUAUUGUGGCCACAUAAUGGCUGAUGAAUCAGCCGUCUUUACUGCCGUUUUAUGGCAUUUGCCGAGUAUUGUGCGGUGGAGCUGCAUUGAUAGGUUCACCGAAGAUCUGUAAAAAAAUGUUUUGUCUCCAACAAUAAAAGUGUUAAAACAGGAGCUUGAUUCUCUGUGGUAGCGUGUUGACAUGACAAAAGUCGUUUACUGUGAUGUUGAGGUCUAAAAAAGGAAUAAAACAAAAUGCAGUGGAUGGUUCCAAAAUACCUUUAAUCAUAAAUCACCAACAGUCCAUGAUCCACACAGGGCAGCAGAGCCUGUGUGCAUACUUUUAACACUUAAGAAACGGACGAUUAAUGAUUUAAUUGUUUGCACGGUCACAUCCCAAUUGAACAUCUUUGGGAGAUUUCAGGAAACAUGAACCACAGCCACCUUAUUGACCCAAAAAAAAGGAAUAACUUCUGGAGGAAUGGUGUAUUGUCUCAUGGGUGCUGUGUGUAGCAUCAGCGCUGGAAGUGUACUGAAUAUGUUCUAGUGGCUCGUCAGACAACAACUAUGUUGCAUUUUCCUUAAACUUGUAGGUGUUUGUGGAACAAAAAAUAAACAGAGUGCAGUUUUAGCUCAAAUCUGAACCACCUCAUGUCAGUAUGGUGACUUUGGUCUAAAUAAAGAGGAGCGACAUUUU